UGCCCUUUACAAGAGUCGCGCUCUCUACAAGUGUCCCGCUCUCUACUUUGAAGGCGACUCCUCCUCCAUCCCGAGGUCCAGCCUACCUCGGAUCUUCAGUUCCCACCAACCAGAGGAGCCCCAGUAAGACCCACCCUGCAGUCCCCUCCGCUUCCCGGUCUUGUUUUCCCUUUGGCUCUGUCCCCACCUAGGAGUCCGCUGUCCCAGCCAUGGCGCGUGCUACCGAACCUGAGCGGCGGCUGCUGGCCAUCUACACUGGCGGCACCAUCGGCAUGCGGAGCGAAGGCGGAGUGCUGGUCCCUGGAGGAGGCCUGGCUGCCGUUCUGAAGACACUGCCUAUGUUCCACGAUGAAGAGUGUGCCCGGGCCCACAGCCUGCCGGAGGAUACGCUGGCGCUGCCCCCGGCCAGUCCUGACCAGAGGAUCAUCUACACGGUGCUGGAGUGCCAGCCACUCUUCGACUCCAGUGACAUGACCAUCACUGAGUGGGUUCAGAUUGCCCAAAUCAUAGAGAGACACUACGCACAGUACCAGGGCUUUGUUGUCAUCCAUGGCACAGACACCAUGGCCUUUGCUGCCUCAGUACUCUCUUUCAUGCUGGAAAACCUGCAGAAACCGGUCGUCCUCACGGGUGCCCAGGUACCUAUCCACGCGCUGUGGAGUGACGGCCGUGAGAACCUGCUGGGGGCUCUGCUCAUGGCUGGCCAAUAUGUCAUCCCUGAGGUCUGCCUAUUCUUCCAGAAUCAACUCUUUAGGGGCAAUCGGACAACCAAGGUGGACGCUCGGAGGUUUGCCGCCUUCUGCUCCCCUAACCUGCCCCCUCUAGCCACUGUGGGCGCGGAUGUAACAAUCAACCUCGAGCUGGUACGGAAGGCCCACGGGAAGAAUCAUCUGGUGGUCCACAGUAGCAUGGAGCCUGACGUGGGCCUACUGCGCCUCUACCCUGGGAUCCCCGCCUCCCUGGUCCGGACCUUCCUCCAGCCCCCACUGAAGGGUGUGGUCAUGGAGACCUUCGGCUCUGGGAAUGGGCCCACCAAGCCAGACCUACUACAGGAGCUUCGGGUGGCGGCCGAACAAGGCCUGAUCAUAGUCAACUGUACCCAUUGCCUUCAGGGGGCUGUGACUUCGGAUUAUGCAUCUGGCAUGGCCAUGGCAGGAGCUGGCAUAGUCUCAGGCUUCGACAUGACAUCAGAGGCUGCCCUGGCCAAACUGUCCUAUGUGCUGGGCCAGCCAGGACUGAGCCUGAAUGACAGGAAGAAGCUGCUGGCCAAGGAUCUGCGUGGGGAGAUGACGCUGCCUGCAACAGAUAUCUUGCUGCAGGAUGGCAUGCUGGGCUGCAGCAUGGCAUGGCUUCUCAGUAUGAAUGGCAGCCAGGAGGCUGAUACCAUGAAGGAUGUUCUUCUGCCCGGCCUGGCCCUGGCUGCAGCUCACGCGGGUGACCUGGACACUCUGCAGGCCCUUGUGGAGCUGGGCAGAGACCUAAACCUGAAGGACUACAGUGGUCAAACCCCACUGCAUGUGGCCGCACGGAGGGGCCAUGCCGCAGUGGUCACCAUGCUGCUGCAGAGGGGUGCGGAUGUGGAUGCCUGUAAUGAGGAUGGCCAGAGCCCACUACUGCUGGCUGUGAGGGGCAGGCAUCAGAGUGUCAUCGGGCUGCUGCGAGCCGCUGGGGCUCGCCUGUCUCCCCAGGAGCUGGAGGACGUCGGGACAGAGCUGUGCAGGCUGGCAUCAAGGGCAGACGGCGAAGGCCUGCAGGCAUGGUGGCAGGCUGGGGCUGACCUGGGACAGCCAGACUAUAAUGGACACUGUGCCCUGCAAGUAGCUGAAGCAGCUGGACAUACAGAUGUGGUGGCCCUGCUACAGAGCUUUAAGGACAGGGUCUGUGCCCAGCCCCAGACCCACUAGGUCCUAGGCUGGGCUGUUAGCUCCUCAGUGAACUCUCAUUGGUUAGCAACGGGAUCCUGGCACCUGAUGUCCCAGAGCCGAUUUUAGAGACAGCUGGAGGAAGAGAAUGCGGGAGACGCGUCAUCCGGGGCCUUUCUUGGGGACCCGUAAACAGUCUUCUGGAGGCUGCUGGGGCUUCACGUAGGAGAAGCCCACUUGAGACCUUCACCCUAUCCAGUCUUGAGCUGACUGGAAAGGCCUAGGCCUGCUCCCAGCUGACCUCCAUCCCCACUGCUCUGGGGUUUUGACACUGCGUGGGCGAGCCCCAAACUCCAGAGACUGCCUGGACUCCGUACACAGCGCCCCCCUGGGGUGGAGUAGGGGGAUCCCCACCUCUGGAUGCAUCCCCUGUAGGUCCUCAGCGGGCUUUGUUUCCAGGAAGUGCUCCUUGGCCCCCAACCUGCCAUCCUGCUGUAGCAAGGAACCUCAGGCACAUGCCAGUCGAUUGGCUACUAUGUUAGGGCCUCAGGCACGUGCCAGUCGAUUGGCUACUAUGUUAGGGCCUCAGGCACGUGCCAGCUGAUUGGCUACUUUGUUAGUACCUCAGGCACGUGCCAGCCGAUUGGCUACUAUUGUAUUUGGUGAGACCUUGAAGAGUUUCAGAAACCAGCUCUGUCCUGGCCUGGCUAUCUCCUCCAGCCACCAGCCAGGAGCUGACUCAGAGCGGACUUAUCCUCCCUAAGUUGGGCUGUCUUCUGCUCAACUUCUUCCCAGCCUUUUGGCAUGACAAUCUGGAGGUCUUUGUUGAGAAGAAUGUCAAUAAAGUUGUCAGGACAGCU